AUUACGAUUUUUUUGCUAAUAUUUUUCAACACGCGUGUACAGAGGGGUGGUCUUUGCGUUGUUCUUGUGAUGUUUCUGGGCAAGGACUACUCAUUUCUGUAACCGAAAGAUGUUUCUCCGUUAGUUCGCUUCAUGCUUUUCCCCUUUUCUUCUGGGUAUUUAAUUGAAAGGAGUAUGCGUUUUCACUGUUUUGUGGGUGGUCCGGAGUUGUAUAUUUUCUCGGGUUAUGAUCAACGAGUUGUUUCUGAACCAGAAGGUAAAAAUCAAUUAAUUGUUUGGUAUUCAGAAUAGGAAAGAAAGAAAAAUGAAGAAGUGACGAUUUGCCUGGGUUAAACGUGAAAUUUUGGGCUUAUCAAUGGAUGUAUUGUUGUUUCUGAUCAAAGCUUUGGGUGGUUGGAUCCAGCAACUUGGUUUCAUUUGGAGACUGUUUGUCUGAUUGCUGGUGAAGGCUUUUACUAGUUCAUCGGUUUUAUGUACGUCUGCUGCUGCUGCUGCUGCUGUUGUUGUGUUGUGGGGUGCUAGAUGUUGUAGAGGUUUCUUAUCUUGCAGACAUGCAGAUUUUUGUUGAUUGGAGGAAUUAGGAAGUAGCUUGAUGCAACAGAAUGACUAAUGAUAUGGAAGAUGAGGUAUUAUGUACCAAGCCCCUUGGGAGGUGGUCCGUCCUUUGUUAUGGCGUAGGGCAUAUGCUUAAUGACAUUACAUCUUCCUGCUGGUUCACUUAUCUCUUAGUGUUCUUAACAGAUAUUGGGUUGUCUCCAAGGGAUUCUGCUGCUGUCAUGCUUUCUGGUCAGAUAGCUGAUGGAUUUGUAACCAUAUUUGCUGGUGAACUGAUAGACCGGUUUGGACAUUUCAAAAUAUGGCAUGGCGCAGGAUCUGUUUUAGUCGCUGUUUCAUUUUCUUCUGUUUUUGGGCGUUGCCUGCCUUGCAAAAUCUUUGGUACCAAUACAGCUGCCCUGCAAACUAUUGGAUACAGCACAUUUGCGGCAAUCUUUAAUGUGGGCUGGGCUGCUGCUCAAGUUUCGCACAUGUCUAUGGUGAAUUGCAUCACACUCAAUUCAACAAGUAGAGUGGUCUUGGCUAGCUGUCGCAAUGCUUUUACCAUGGUUGCGAACCUCAGCCUGUAUGCAAUUGCUUUACUAGUCUUCAGUGUCAGUGCAUCAAAUACUGUUGUAGCUGUUGAAAACCAGUAUCGCUGGAUAGCAUAUUCAUCAAUUUUUAUAGGUUGCUGCUUCGUGGCUAUAUUUUAUCUGGGAACCAAAGAGCCAAGAUUGAAGCGGGGUGUCCAAGGAAUAAGCCAUGCAAGGAUAUCUUGGAUUUACUGGUUUAAGAAAGUGCUUUAUUACCAAGUUGCUAUUGUUUAUGUUCUCACCAGAUUAAUUGCUAAUGUUUCACAGGCAUUUCUGGCAUUCUAUGUCAUUAAUGAUCUGCAAAUGGCUAAAUCAUCUAAAGCUUUGGUUCCAGCAAUCAUUUAUAUAUGCAGCUUCAUUGUCUCCGUCCUGCUACAGGAGAUCACGUGGACUGGGCAACGCUUGAAAUGGUUUUAUUCCACUGGAGGCAUUCUUUGGAUCUUUUGUGGUGCUGGGAUCCUUUUUUUACCAAGGAGCAUGAAUGCUGCUAUGUACCUUCUGGCAGUACUGAUUGGUGUAGCUAAUGCUUUAAUCAUGGUGACCGCUGUAAGCAUGCAAAGUUUUCUUGUUGGUGUAGAUCUCAGAGGAUGUGCUUUUGUGUAUGGAUCUCUGAGCUUCUUGGACAAAAUCUCAUGCGGAGUUGCCUUAUAUAUUCUUCAAUCAUAUCAAAGGCUUGAAGUUUCUCCUCCUGAAAACCCAGUGAUGUUUUCUAUGGUUUCUGACUUGACAUCAUCGUCCUCUUCUGUAGAUAUCUCUCCAAACUUGCAGGGAUGUGGUUCAGUCAUUUCGUGUUUUUCAGUUACAAGAAAUGGCCUGGGCCUCGUGCCUGCCAUUUGUGCACUUGUUGGGGUGGUAGUAACGUCGACAAUGAAACUUCAAACCACAACCCCACAGCCCUUGGUGCAGCCCCUAUUGGCAUAGUCUUACACUGAAAUUUUUUUCCUUGGAAUAGUUGUUGAUACAUUGGAACAGAGGUUAUCUGAGAGAUUAUAUACUGUUAAGAGAAGAUGAACUACAGCCAGCCAAAUGAAGUUUCAUGUCUUCUCUUCUUCAUCAUAGUUUCAUUUUUCUUCUCCUUUCCUUCACUCUCUUUUUAUUCCUUAUAAUUUUUAGUUUAAAAUUCACAUUCUUCACUGUGUAAUAUCAUUUACAGCAUUAUGUCAUCUGCUUGUGCUGAUAUAACUUCAGAUAAUCACACUGGGAAUCAGAUUGAAAUUUCUGAGAGUCACAGUGGGUGCCUCUAAUUUUCUCU